GGAUGGCGGCCCCGGCGGCGGGCAGCGGAGCUCCGGGGCUGCGCGGCGGCCGCUAGCCCCGAGGAGAGCCCGCCCGGCCGCCCGUCCAGCCGGGCUCGGCGCCCCGGGGCGUUUUGGGGGGAAUGGAGGCGAUCGCCAGUCAGAUGGGAAAUGGGAGAGAUGCAAGCUCCUCCCCAAAUUCAAAGCAAGAGCUGCAGCCGUACCAGGGCUCCAAUACCCUCAAGCCCAACCAAGUGGGUGAGACCUCUCUGUACGGAGUGCCCAUCGUGUCCCUGGUCAUCGACGGGCAGGAGCGGCUGUGCCUGGCGCAGAUCUCCAACACGCUGCUCAAGAACUACAGCUACAAUGAGAUCCACAACCGGCGGGUGGCCCUGGGCAUCACCUGCGUGCAGUGCACGCCGGUGCAGCUGGAGAUCCUGCGGCGGGCCGGGGCCAUGCCCAUCUCCUCCCGCCGCUGCGGCAUGAUCACCAAGCGGGAGGCGGAGCGGCUCUGCAAGUCCUUCCUGGGCGAGCACAAGCCGCCCAAGCUGCCCGAGAACUUCGCCUUCGACGUGGUGCACGAGUGCGCCUGGGGCUCGCGGGGCAGCUUCAUCCCGGCGCGCUACAACAGCUCCCGCGCCAAGUGCAUCAAGUGCAGCUACUGCAGCAUGUACUUCUCCCCCAACAAGUUCAUCUUCCACUCGCACCGCACCCCGGACUCCAAGUACACGCAGCCCGACGCCGCCAACUUCAACUCGUGGCGCCGCCACCUCAAGCUCAGCGACAAGACGGCCACGGAGGAGCUGUCGCACGCCUGGGAGGAUGUCAAGGCCAUGUUCAACGGCGGCACCCGCAAGCGGACCUUCUCCCUGCAAGGCGCCCCCGCCGCCGGCCCCGGCGGCGGCUCGCCGGCGGCCAAGGCCUCGCUGCACCCGCCGCCUCCCGCCGGCCCCGAGCUGGCCCCGGCGCACAAGAGCCUGCGCUGCAGCGGGCAGGAGCCGGCGGGCGAGCGCGGAGCGCUGGGGCUGCCCGCGGCGCACGGCGGGGCGGCGGGGGCGCACGGCGGGGCGGGCGCGGUGCGCAGCUACCCGGUGAUCCCGGUGCCCAGCAAGGGCUUCGGCAUGCUGCAGAAGCUGCCGCCGCCGCUCUUCCCCCACCCGUACGGCUUCCCGGCCGCCGCUUUCGGACUGUGCCCCAAGAAGCAGGAGGACGCGCUGGGCGGCGCGGGCGGCGGCGAGCCGGGCAAGGGCGGCGCGCUGCCGUCGGGGAUGUUCUGGGGGCCGCCGCACCCGCACCCGCACCAGCCGGCGCAGCCGCCGCACCAGCCCGGCGCCGCCAAGGACGGCGGCGUCUACCCGUCCUUCCCCAUGUUCUGGCCGGCCGCCGGCAGCCUGCCCGUGCCGCCCUACCCGGCGCAGAGCCAGGCCAAGGCGGCGGUCACGGCCGUCGUGGUGGCGGCGGCGGCCGCGGCGGCGGCGGCGGCGGCCGAGCCGUCGGGGCUGGCGGGGCGGCACGGCGAGCCGGAGGGCUCGGAGCCGUCGGGCAGCGGGCGGAGCAGCGCCACGCCGCAGGAGGGCUCCGGGGCCGACGGCGAGCGCUGCUCCAGCGCGCUGUCGAGGGCGGCCGGCGAGGAGGAGCGCUCCGGGGACGAGGCGCUGCUCGGCCCGCUGCCCCUGCCCAGGAAGGGCAGCUACCUGUCCGCCUUCCGCCCGGUGGUGAAGGACACCGAGAGCAUCGCCAAGCUCUACGGCACCCGCGAGGCGUACGGCGGCGGCGGCGGGGCCGCCCGCGGGCCCGGCUACCUCUCCCCGGACUUCCUCAGCGAGGGCAGCUCCAGCUACCGCUCGCUCUCCCCCGGGGGGGACACGGCCGAGGAGCCCGAGGUGGACGUGGAGUCCAACCGCUUCCCGGAGGACGACGACGAGGACGCCGCCGCCGCCGCCGCCGCCUCCGCCGCGGCCCCGGAGGAGCGGGAGCCGCCGCCGCCCCGGCUGCUGGCCGGGCCCGAGGAGCCGCUGCCCGCCGCCACCGACGGGCCCGAGGAGAAAGCGGGCGAGGCGGCGGCGGAGGAGGGCGGCCAGCCCCCCGACGGCAGCCCCGAGCGGAGCAGCAGCGGCAGCGCCUACGAGGUGCGGGGCCGGGCGGGCUCUGCCCCGGGGGGGGGGGGGCUCUGCCCGGACACCCCCGGCCCUGACUCGCUCUUUUAGGUGUACGCGCCGGAGCGGGGGGAGCAGCACCUGCAGGCGCUGAAGACCACCGCCUCCCUGGGAGCCUCGGCCGCUUACCUGUGCACCCCCGAGGCCAAGGAGCAAGAUAAAGAAGACAAUCACUCGACGGCAGAGGAUUUAGAGACCAGAAAAUCCUAUCAGGACCAAAGGAACGUCUCGCAUCCCAGCCCUGUAAAUACCGACAGAGGAGAGGACGGCCUCGGCAUGGACAUGGCGGGGACGCAGCUGGUGGAAAAGGACAUCGAAAACUUGGCCCGAGACGAGUUGCAAAAACUGGUCCUGGAGCAAAUGGAGCUGAGGAAGAAGCUGGAGAGGGACUUCCAGAGCCUGAAAGACAACUUCCAGGACCAGAUGAAGCGGGAGCUGGCGUACCGCGAGGAGAUGGUGCAGCAGCUCCAGAUCGUCCGAGAUACGCUGUGCAACGAGCUGGACCAGGAGAGGAAAGCGCGCUACGCCAUCCAGCAGAAGUUGAAAGAGGCCCACGACGCGCUGCACCACUUCUCCUGCAAAAUGCUGACCCCGCGGCACUGCACGGGGAACUGCUCCUUCAAGCCGCCGCUGCUGCCCCAGUGAGCCCCCCCUCCCGGUGUCGUCGUCGUCGUCGUCGUCGUCCCCCCCCCCCCCCCCCGAAGCCAUGCGCCCUGCGGCGCGCAGCAGCCGAGGGCAGAGCCCACACAAGCCAUUUCCACGAGGAGACACUUGUACAUAGAGGACUCGGAGCUCGGCCCUCUCGGACUGGCAAUACGGCGGGGAGAGGCCCCGGGACGGCAGGGGGGGGGGGGGCCGCCGUGCCCCCCCCCCGCCUCCGCCCCGCGCCCCCCGGGCCCCCCCCCCCCGCUCCGCGUCUUCCCCUCCCUCCCUGUGUGUCCGCUUCUUCCACCCUCGUCCAGACUGGAAACAAAAGUGGCUAUGUGCAAUGGAUAUAAAUGUACUGUGAUUCUCUUGGUACAGUAUUUGUUGGAUUUUUAUUUAUUUAUGAUGUAUAUUUUAUU